GCCCCUGUCUCACAACACACACACACACACAGCUAAUACAAAUAGGGGAAAAAAUAGCUGCAUACUCUAUAUAAAUCUUCUACUAGGUCUCCUGGAUUACUGUGAUAAUGUCAUCGAAGAUUGGCAGCAGCUUCGUGUCCAGCCUCAUCUGCCGGCGGAGCUACGGCGUCUACGCGACGGCGGUGAAUGUUCAACAUGCCUCCGCCGCUGCUGCAGUGGCGGCGACGCCGAUGGCGAAAACGGACGUCGUCGCAGCAGCAGCGGAUGCGUCGAGGGCGAAGCAGGACGACAAGUUCUGGAUGAGAGACCCCAAGACGGGGUGCUGGAUCCCCGAGAACCGGUUCCAAGAGGUGGACGUCGUCGACCUCCGUAACCGGCUCAUCUGCCACAAGUGAACAACUCUGAAAGCAUUCAGAACGAAAAGGCAUGUGCAUCACCUGGAACCAAUGGCCACACACCACCAUCAGCGUUAUUAAUUACACACACACACACACACACACACACACACACACACACACAUAUAUAUAUAUA